AUGGCUAAUUUCACUUACUAUUUAUUUAUAUAUUUAUUAUUAACAUUAUUACUAAGUUUAAUACAUGGUUUUGAUAUAAACUUUACAAAACUAAACUCAACUAUAAUAGAGGAGAGUCAAUGGAUAGAAACUGUUGAGAAAUAUAUCACUGAUGAAGAGCAUAGACUUUCACAGUUAAAGUCAACAAUUGAUGGACUAAAACAAUACAAUCAAUUGGCAGUCAAUGAUAGUGAUGCAUAUCUAUCACAUCCGAUAAACAUAUAUCUGCUUAUCAAACGAUUGGCCACUGAAUGGCCACAAGUGGACAAACUACUGGAUCAGCCGACAAACAAUAAGCUCCGGUUACGAGUGAAUCCAAUUGAAAACAAUGAAUUGACUGAAGCGGCUAAAGGUUUACAAAAUUUGGUAAAUACUUACCAACUGGACAUACAGGCGCUGGCAAACGGUUCGGUACAGUUCUGGUCAGAAUCGGAUGGCCGGGAGAUAAUAAUCCCGCCGUCAGAUGACACACACCGGCUAACGGCUGCCGACUGUUAUCUGAUUGGAAAACAAACACUUAUUGAGGAUUACUAUGAAAGUGCUAUUCAAUGGUUCAAUGAGACAAUUAAACGGUCAGAUAAUAGUACAUCCGAUAUGUUGUUUAAAUCGGAAUUAGCUAAACAUAUGGCACUGGCCUACUAUAGACUGGGAGAUCAUAAUCAAAGUAUUCAUUAUAUGAAUAAAUCUGAAAAUUUAUUAUUAGACGUCGACAACCUAAGCGAUACAGAAUUUAUGUUUAGACAACUAUUUGUUGAUUUUAUGAUUCUAAAUAAGACCAAUAAUAAAGUUGUCGUCAAAACAAAUAACAAUUUAUUGAACAAUACAUCCAAUCAAUUGUCGAAAACACCACAACAACAAACAUCCGAUAAUUUUUAUAAAAAUGUUACAAAAUUUUAUAAUAUUUCACAACAAUUGUGUCGCGGAGUGAAACGUUUGAAUCGGUCAGUGGAGUCCAGAUUGAAGUGUCGUUAUUUGGAUACAACUAACCGGCCGUUACUACGGCUAACCCGUGUGAAAGUCGAACAAUUGUUGGACAAACCAGAUAUAGUAGUAUUUCACGACAUAAUCAGUGACCGGGAAAUGGAUGUACUGAAACAGUUGGCCAGUAGACAAAUGGCCAGAACAAUGACUGAAUCAAAAGGUGGGGUUUCCAGAGGACGGUUAGCUGAUGGCAGUUGGUUAGAGGAUAUGGAUCACGAAGUGGUCGAACGAUUGAGUCGGCGUAUCGGUGCCAUCACUGGUCUUAGUAUGAAUGUUACCGAACUUUACAAUGUAAUCAAGUAUAGAGUCGGCGGUUAUUAUACAAAUCAUUACGAUGUGACAGUUUACAGACCGUUCAGUGGCGACCAGUACGGUCGUAACGAUCCUAUAGCCACAUGGAUCACAUACCUGAGCGAUGUACAGUCGGGCGGUGCUACUGUUUUUCCGCUAUUGGAUGUAAGGGUAGAGCCUCGCAAAGGAUCGGCAGUGUUCUGGUUUAAUCUGAAGAGUUCCGGUUUAGUAGACUAUAAUAUGAUGCACUUUGGAUGUCCAGUGCUGGCCGGCCCACCCAAAUGGAUUGCCACCAAAUGGAUACCGUUUCGAUUUCAACAGUUCAAUAAGCCAUGUCUAUUAGAUAGACAUUUAUUGAAUUAUUUCUAA